GAGGCUGUGUCAAGGCUCACACAGGAAAUAUCUGUUUAUUCGGUUUCAUGCAAAAAAUAGUUAGCAUAUGAAGGAAGGAUAAGUCUGAGAAGAAAACCAAAUGGAUAGUCAAAGGAAGAUAAAACCACACCUCCUAAUCUGGAGUGUCAUCUUGCUUUUGAACACACUUAGAAAAGAUCAGGCAACUGCACUGAAGGUAUCCGCAGGACACACCAUCAACACUUGCCCUGAAGGGCAGAAUAUCACCCUGAAAUGCAGCCUCUCAGGACACCUAAUGUACAAGCAUGACAUGUUGGCCAAUGUUUGGUAUUUCAACCACAUCAAAAAUAAAGCGUGCACAGACAGGUUGCACAUCCGUAACAUUUCAAGCAAACCUCAGUCUCAUACUGAGAACAAGGGCCAAGGGGUCUACAUGGGAUCAGAUCACAGAGGUGUAUUUUGGGUCACUAUUACUAACUUGUCGUCAGCUGAUGAAGGUGUUUACUGCUGCAUGGUACAUGAAUUUCACAAAUCACAUGAUAAACACCAUCUUGCCAACCACAGGUCUGUGCAUAGUAUGAGCGAGAUAAAGAUCCUUCAUGGAAAUAGGUCCCAACAAAAUUGUGCUUCUUAUGAUUUUAUCAGUGGAGUAUCAGACGAAGAAGUUACCACAGCGGUUGUAUUGGCUACAGUGGGGUGCGUGAUUGGCAUCUUGUCUCUUCCUCUCAUUCUGCUUCUCAUUUACAAACAAAGACAGGGUGCAGCCAUCAGGAGAAGAGCUCAUGAGCUUGUAAGAAUGGACAGUGAGGCCAGAGGUGUGGAAAACCCAGUAUUUGAUGAGCUGCCAGGCCAACAUUCAGAAGUGAAACCACGAAGUCUAGAUAUCAGUGGACGUCUUCACUCGGAAUCUGAUCGUCACCUUCUCUCUGAACCUAACACUCCCCUUUCCCCAGAUCCUCCAAUACGAUACUUCCCAGAAUUGGAUCCAGUUCCAGAACCCCAGUACUGAUCUAGACGAAUAUAUAUGUUACACAGCCUCCACAACAGAUAAGCCAAAUUGGUGUGAGCACCUAAAAAAAUUACAAGCAGCUAAACAGCAAGAGAAAAUUAUUUUCUCAUUUCAAAUAAUGCUGAGAAUAUCUGUUGGUUGUAAAACACAGAUUCAAAUUCAAGGCCAAGCUAUAAGAUGGAUUGCAGUUUUAACAGCAUUAAGAAAACUAUAGCAUUAUAAAAGGUAUCUGUUUAAUGCCGUUUUGUUUCAAUUGCUGGGGUGGGGGAGUGAAGUAAAAUAUUGCCAAACAUAAUGCACUGAUUUAUCCCAGUAUCUUAUUGAUCUGAAUUAAUGUCAGAAUAUAUAAGUAAAAGAAAAUGCUUAAGUCCAUUGGUCAAUGAGCCUCUUGUUGUGUAUACGUGUGUACGUGCAGGGAUCUGUUUAAAAGCAUCUAUUUUUUUCCCUUCCUUCAGAUUUAUUCAUAGAAUUGUGUAUAUUAAAAAAAACUUCCUGCCAAAUUCAAUGAUUCAUGCUUAGCAACCUCACAAUCAAAGUUGGAACCAGACUAUUUCUGAGACACGCAAUGAACACAAGUUGAAAAAUAUAUACAGGUGUAUACAGCCCUAGCUAACAAAAAUGCUGACAACAUCCUUUGGCCAUAUCACACAAUUUCAUGAGGUUCAGAUGAGUUUCUUUUUAGUUAAAAAAAAUUCUCGCUAUAUAUAAAAAAAAUCAAUAUAGUGGCUCCCUCAAUUGUUCCCAAUUUUGGUGGAUUUACCUCACUGGGACAUUUGCUUUUGACACAUUUGUGUUGCUGAUGAAAAUGUGUUGCUGUUACACAAUCCUGGUCAUAUAUUCUCUCACAGGAGGCUCACUAAAAAUGGCAAGACAUAUAAAGGUGCAUUUUAAAAUGUGAUAUCCUACUUCAACUUGUAUCAUCAAGUGUACCUUUCUGAAUGGUGCAAAUGGUGUUCCUUCACCAGCUGCAAAUACUUUUUUUUAAAGUCAGCAUCACGUUUCAGGAGGUGCAUUGACUGGAACUUUUCAUUUUUCUUUUGUACAUUAUUCAAUUGGAUGUACAUUGUUUAAGAAUACAGAGAACGCAGUGGAUGGUUGCAGGUGAAUUUUGUAAGAGUACAAAAUUGCUGCAUAACUGGUGUUUAUAGAGAUAUAGAAUUAGUGAGGGUGACUUUCCCUCCAAUGCACAUCUAAUAAUUCAGUGUUUUUUUUCUUGUUUACAUUGAUGAAACUAAGGAUGUUUCAUUGUGGUGAGGUAGCUGGGCAGGUGAGGAAACCAUUGUCAGUGCAGAAUAAUAUGUGAGGAGUGUCACAGUAUGAAUGAUUUUUGAAAGUUGAAAUUCAUAAGAAAAUAGACACAUGGAAGAGGGAUCAUUUUCACUAAGCUCUUUAGAGUUAAUUAGAAAGAAAUAUGGUGGAAUAUUACUAUGCCUACAUUUAGUUAAUGCAUUAAUAACAAAUGAAUCUUCAAGUUGUAUAUAUUAAAAUAAGCACAAACAAUUUAAUUUGUUAACUUUGUUGAGGGAAAUGGGUCUGAUUUUAUGUUAUGUGAGGUAUUAGAAGUAUUUCAGCAGUAUGCAAUGACCUAUUAGUUUUAUUGAUGCUUAGUUUUGAAUGUAUUAAGUGCACAAAUCAAACAAGAUGACAGUUUUUCAUUUUCAGUUUCUGAUAUGAUUGGUGUGAUGUUUCAUUACAUCUAACUGCUCUGACCUGUUCAUGCACCAAUUUGCUGUGAGAACACAUGGCGUCUCAGCACCUGUACAUUCUCNUUUUUUUGUUAUAUUAUAUUAUUGCAUUCAUCAAAAGGCUCAUUGUAGUUUUGAAGCUUGACUGUUGACUAAUUUCUCACUUUAAACAAACAUCACUGUGGUCCUGAAGUCACAGUUUCCACCUAUGUAAAACCGCUCGUGCCAUUUGAUGACAAUGAUGAUGAUGUUCCAGCAAUUAAGUAGCCUUUUUGCUUGACUGUGAUAAAAUACAAUGCUAAAAUAAUUCCAGUGCCAAGAUCUGGGACAGAUGGCAAAUGUCAUAACACAAGACCUCAGACUUAUUCUGAUAUUUGCCAACAGAUACAUAAUACAAAACCAACAAAACAAUGACUAUAUGUCGAUGGCCCAAAGUGAGACUAUUUUGCUACCUGAAUGCAAACUGGUUUUAAAGAAAUUUUUUUGCAAAUAAUCAGCUAAAUCCAAAGGAACAGCUAGAAUAUUUUAAGCAGUCAGAGGGUUAUGGAAUGCCUCACCUAGAGCAAAUGUUGAAGCAGAAUCCAUAAAUAGCUUUCAAAAAGAAAUUGAACCAAGUUUGUGGGGAAAAGGGCAGAGGAGUGAGUGAAAAUUAACAGCUUUCAGAGAUUAGAUAUUUCGUAUAAUAUUACAUGACAGCUUCUACCCAUUGAGUUGGGUAAUUGACCACGGCUCGUGUUUCAUGAGCUUCCUUUCAAAUGUUCUCACCCUGCUAGCUGACCUUUAUAAGCACCACUUGAACGGAACAAGAUGAGCAUUUGCAAUGCUUUGUCUUUGCUAUAGGUUAUAGCAACUUUUAACUGCAGGAUGCACAAACAACUGCUUUGUGAAUUCCAUAUCUCCAGAAAACACAAUUUUAUUGAUUAUUAGCUCUAUGUCACUUGAGAUCCUCCCGUAGCUUAGGAAACAAAAACACAGCUAAAAUUUAAAAUGCUCAUUUUAGUUUUAAAAAAGGGAAACUAUAUUGUCAGGAUAAAUAGAAUGAACUUGAUGCUCUUCUUAUUACAUAAGUGGAAGGGAAACAUUUUCACCUCCAAUUAGUUGUCAUUGCAAUCACUCUAACCGCCAACAACUCCUGGAAGUUCACAUCUACCCAAUGAAAUGUUUUCAUCUCACACAAAGAGACAUGGAUUAUAGAUGCUCAGAUGUGAGGAGAAGCUUUAUUACUGUAAUGUCAUAUUUGAAACAAAUAUUGUUCUAAAAGUUCAUACUUUCCCUUCUAUUUUUGCCUUACUUUUAAUUAUUAUUUCCAAAUUAUGGUCUACACUAACUCUUGUGUAAUUUUAUCCCCAAGUUGAAGUUUUGCAUUUACUUGCUUUCCUUUGGCUCUUGAGGCCUGUUCUUCCGGAGUCAAGCCACAUAGUCACAAAUUAGACACUGAUUAGCAACUGCAAAAGCCACUGAUUAAUCUAAUUGAGAAUCUGGUGCUUUAAGGAUUAACCCCACACCUGAGUAAAAUCAGAUGCUCAGUGAGAUACUUAAUCAACAACUCAGGGAAGCAACAAGCCCUGAAAUUAACUGGCUCUGGGUCGUCAUGGCCUUUAACAAGGGGAUAUAAUUUUAAAAUUAGAGCUAAACUGGUUAAAAGUGACUCCACAACACAUUUUUGCACCAAGGUUGCUGAAAUGCAGAUUGAAUAGUCUUGGGUGCAGAAUUAAUGCGGGAUGAAGAUGGAUAAGUACUUAGGAAGUGAGGAUGUAUAACAAUACUGAGAAAAUAGGAGUUGCCAUAACUUGAUAUAAUGGUAGAAGAGCCUCAAAGGGUUGGAUAGCCUUUUCAAGGUAAUAUAAUGCUAUGACCUUCUUACAGGGUCCAGACAUUUUAGUGUGCAUCUCCAAUAGGUCAAACCAACUAUGGCACAGUUUGGGCAAUUUUGUAUUUAAAGGAUUCACUUGAUCAAGGAAAAGUGAAAAUAACAGUUGGACAUGCACAGCUGUACAUUACAAUUUUGUGUUGGGGUGUUCCUUAUAAUGGAAUAUUCAAUGUUUUUUGUGUAAAUAGGAACAAUGCCAAAGAGUUGCAUAAGUUUUGGCGAUGGUGUUAUCUGAAUUGAAUCAGUAAUUUAAAGGGAAACCACAACAUCAUGUCAGCCAAGAUUCAGUAUCUGAAUACAAUAGUUUCUGUCAUUUCAGUGUUUGUGUGGGGCUGCUAGAAGGCUUAAAUAUCUGAGGCUGAACAAAGCUUUCAGUAAAAGAGGGGGCAGGGGAAGACGGGGAAAAAACCUGCAACUCCAAGAAAUGGAAGUGCUGAGGUGUUCUAGCUUGGCAUGAUCUACAGAUUAAUUUGCAAAAGAUUUCUGGGUCAAUCUGCAGGGGCAGAUUUUCAUUGAAUUGCCAAUUUGCAACUGCAGCACAAGAAGGGAAACUGCGAAAAGUUACCAACGUGGUUAAAGGUUUGAUUUUCCAGAUUCUAAUGUUCAGAAAGUUAAGUGUGGUGGUGACUUUAAGCACCUUAUUGCAUAACAAGUAGUCAAACCUCAUUUAGCUUAUUUUGCAGGGAAAAUUAAUCUUUUCUACUGUAUUAGGGACUUAGUACAUUUAGAUUGGAGUUUGCAAUCUUGUGAGUUCACUUGGUGCCAUUUAAAAAAAAUUAAAACGAUAUCUCAACUUUGGUUGAAGAAAGUUUUUCAAUGUGCUUGAUUUUUUAAAAAUCAGCAUUACCAUGAGUCUAAUGGUGUAGCAUUAUAAAAUACUUUCACUAUUCUUGUUACUUGUUCAGAACCUUGACUGAUAUGGAUCUGUAAUAAGGUACCUGCAGCCUUUGCAGCUACAAUGCUUCACCAAAGUACACAAGCUAUCAGUCUUUUCCAAAGACUGUGCUCAAAUCCAAGAUAUAUUCUAUUGAUUUUAAAAGAAAGUUACUUCUAGGGUUUAACUAAACUAGGUUAGGCCUGACAUUGAAACUUGCUUAGAACCAAUGGCUUUAAAUUCUGUAUUUUUUUCCAGUAUUAUUUUAGGGAUUUUUCUUAAAAAUUAGUUUAUGAAAUGAAUAAUUUUCCUUCAGCCUGCAAGAAUGACUAGGUAUGGACUUUUUCUCUCUUGUGCUCUCAUGAAUUGUAUAUCUACAUAUUUUAAAUGUUCAGGUUUUUUUUCUGUUACUGGUUUAACUGCAUUUAAUUGAUUCAUCAUCACUGCUUUGGGACAAUAUAUGGGUUAUAAAUCAAUUGUGUACCAUUUUAUUUUUAUAUAACAAACUGUACCAUUUUAUUGCUUAAUCAUGCCUUGUUUUACACAUUCAAAAGCAUAUAUGCGUAUAUUCAAUAAAUAAAACCAUUUUAUACAA